AUGUCUGAGUGGAAAGUAGACCCUGACAACCGUAGACGGUUAUUGCAAUUACAAAAAGUUGGCAGUAAUAAGAGAUGUGUUGAUUGUGGAGCACCUAAUCCUCAAUGGGCAUCUCCUAAGUUUGGUGUUUUCAUUUGCCUGGAGUGUGCUGGUACGCAUCGUAGCUUAGGUGUUCAUAUUUCGUUUGUUAGAUCGAUUACUAUGGACCAAUUCAAACCUGAAGAAUUAAUUAGGAUGGAGAAAGGUGGUAAUGAACCAUUCAAUGAAUAUAUGACAUCCCAUGGUAUUGAUUUGAGCUUGCCUCACAAGAUCAAGUAUGAUAAUCCUAUUGCGGAGGACUACAAGCAAAAGCUUACUUGUCUAGUGGAAGAAAAGGAAUUUGUUGAGCCAGAACAUCCAGAUUUUGAUCCAUCAAAAUUGUCAGCUACUGGUACUGAUUCACUUUCAAAUAGCGAACAAGUUCCUUUGGAAGGUCGUAGAGGUAACACUCCAAAACUUGCUGCCGAUCAAAAGGAAAAGAAUGAAGCUUAUUUUAACGAGUUAGGUAAGAAGAAUCAAGCUAAACCAGAUCAUUUGCCCCCAUCUCAAGGUGGUAAAUAUCAAGGUUUCGGUAAUACUCCUACAAGCACUAACAACGGUGCUGCUUCAAGUACUUUGAGUUUAGAUAAUUUCCAAAAAGAUCCAUUGGGCACUUUUUCAAAAGGCUGGGGUCUAUUCUCAAGUGCAGUUUCUAAAUCUUUUGAUGAAGUUAAUGAAUCAGUCAUCAAGCCAGGCUAUGAGCAUUGGCAAUCAGGUGAAUUAUCUGAUGAUACCAAAAGAGCAGCAACUCAGUUCGGUCAAAAGUUUCAAGAAACAACAAAUUAUGGUUUUGAAGCUUUCUCUAAUUUUACCAAGAGUUUACAAGAACAAUAUAACGGAGAACCACAAACUGGCGCUGGAGCUAACACUGGUUAUACAAAGGUUAACCAAGAGAGAGGGCCAUCUCCAUCAAUGGAAAAACCAAAAGCUGAAGAUGAAUGGGAACAAUUCUAA